AUUACGUGUUUGAAGUUCAGUUCCGAAGCCCAAAAUCGAGAAGAAAGAGCUGCGGACGAAGGUCUCUCUCUCUCUCUUCUCGCGGUGUCUCUCUGUCGUCUUUGUCGGUAUUUUUCAUGGCUUCCAAAUUCGUUGAGGAGCGUUUCGGUAGGGUAGAGAGAGAAAGGGUUAAACGAGAUAGAAAAGAGGUAGUUGUUGUUGAUGAUGAUAGAUGUAAGAGGAGCAAAAGUAGUAGUGAAAGCAGCGAUGAUGGUGAUACGAAGCACACCAGUACGAGGACUGUGUCGUUUCAAGGAGCUGCUACUCUCAGGGCUUACCUUCCCCCUUUCAGGGUUUCCCGAAUUUUGAAAGAUGUGGAGGUCGACAAGACCUCUGUUGAGUACCAGAGAUUGUCUUGGGAUGCUCUAAGGAAGAGUAUUAACGGGCUGGUCAAUAAAGUGAAUGCAACCAAUAUUAAGAACAUAAUUCCUGAACUUUUUGCGGAGAAUUUAGUUCGCGGUAGAGGUCUGUUUUGUCGAGCGUGUAUCAAGUCUCAGAUGGCCUCCCCUGGUUUCACGGACGUCUUUGCUGCUUUGGUUGCCGUGGUCAAUACUAAGUUCCCACAAGUGGGUCAUCUUUUGUUGAGGAGGUUAAUUUUGCAGCUCAAGCGAGCUUACAAACGCAAUGACAAGCCCCAACUAUUAGCAUCUGUUAAAUUCGUGGCGCAUCUUGUGAACCAGCAAGUGCUUCAUGAGCUUGUGGCUUUGGAGCUGCUCAUCCUUUUAUUGGACAAACCUACUGAUGACAGUGUGGAGGUAGCAGUGGGUUUCGUCACCGAAUGUGGCUCAAUUCUCCGAGAUCUUUGCUCCCAUGGCUUGCAUGCAAUAUUUGAGCGUUUUCGUGGGAUUCUUCACGAAGGAGAAAUUGGCAAAAGAGUCCAGUUUCUGAUCGAGGGUUUAUUCGCGAUAAGAAAAGCCAGAUUUCAGGGGUACCCAGCUGUUCGUAAAGAAUUGGACCUUGUUGAGCAAGAUGAUCAGCUAACUCAUGAAAUCUCUCUACAGGAGGAAGAAUUGGACCCCGAGAAUGCUUUGGAUGUCUUCAAACUGGAUGCCGAAGCUGUGGCAAAUGAGGAACACUACGAGCAACUGAAAAAGACAAUACUUGGUGACGAGUCUGAAGAUGAAGCAGAUUCAGUAGCAGGCUCAGGAGAUGAGGAUGGUGAAGACUCUGAUAUUGAAGAGGACGAGGAGCAGAUGAAAAUAAAGGACGAGACGGAGACAAAUCUGGUAAACCUUCGGAGGACAAUUUAUCUAACAAUUAUGUCUAGUGUUGAUUUUGAGGAAGCUGGCCACAAACUAUUGCAAAUUAAACUGGAGCCUGGUCAAGAGAUGGAACUGUGCAUCAUGCUUUUGGAAUGCUGCAGUCAAGAGAGAACGUAUGUACGGUAUUAUGGCCUUCUGGGGCAGCGGCUCUGCAUGAUCAACACGAUCCACCAGGAAAAUUUUGAGAAAUGCUUUGUGCAACAGUACUCUAUGAUUCAUCGCCUGGAGACUAAUAAGCUGCGCAAUGUGGCCAAGUUUUUUGCCCAUUUACUUGGCACGGAUGCUCUUCCUUGGGACGUUUUAGCUUAUAUACGGUUGACUGAAGAGGACACUACCUCAUCUUCCCGUAUUUUCAUCAAGAUUCUCUUCCAAGAAUUGUCAGAGCAACUUGGGAUUCGCCUGCUGAAUGAACGUCUUUCUGACCCCACAAUGCAGGACUAUUUUGAGUCGAUCUUCCCCAAGGAUAGUCCGCGGAAUUCCAGAUUUUCCAUCAACUUCUUCACUGCUGUGGGCCUUGGCGGCAUUACAGAGAGCAUGCGAGAAUACGUGAAGAGCAACGCUCCAUGCCUUAUCAUGUAGCUAUUUGUCAAUAUGGGGCCAAUCUGAUAGGGUGAAGCUCUGCAACUGUAGCCUUUACUGUGGAAGUCAGAUUGUUUGUUUGUUUACAGCUUUUCAAUGGCCUUUUAUUAGGCACUUUGUAGUGCAGGGUUGGGUUUGUCCUUUACUGGUAGUAGGUAGCUGUGCUUUGGGUUUUAUCAUCGAUUCAAGUGUUGCAGUUGUUUCUUUCUUGUUCUAACAGUGAUAGCAUCAAAGCUUUUGAAUAUGACUUUAAAUUUGAUG